AUGAAAGCCAAAAUCGUGCAGAUUCUUCUCUUUCUCUUCUUCGUUUUCCCGGUAAUAAUCCAGUCCAAGAAAUCAUGUCCAAUAUCUACUUGUGGAAUAGGCACUUUUCUUUCCAUUAAGUACCCUUUCAAAUUACAAAAAGACCAACCACCAAAUAACUGUCAAGAUUAUAUCAAUCUGAGAUGCAACGAAAAGGGCCAAGCCAUAAUAAACAUUCCUUCUUCCGGUGAUUUUAUCGUAACCGACAUAGACUAUUACUCUCGGAAAAUCCGUCUAUCCGAUCCUGGAAAUUGUCUCCCUAGAAGAUUUAUGACGAACUUCUCUCUGUACCCUUUGGAGGCCUUUCGAUACGAGGAUUACACGUAUUACACGUGUCCCAGAAAUCGUAUUAUACGCGAAUUUAGUGAGAUUUACUGCCUAAGCAACUCCACAAAUGCUACUAUAGCCACAAGUGGAUAUCCUCCAGGGGUUAUAGAAGGAAUGUACGGAUGCAAGACAAUAGUUAGCUCGAAGAUCCCACUUCCGAUGACGAGUCAAUACGAUGAUUUGGGUAUUUUCGAUUAUAUUCAGCUGACUUGGAAUGUCUCUGGUUGCAAAGAUUGCGAAGAUUAUUACAGUACUGAAAAACCAGGUGAUUCCAAGAGUAAAUGGGCCAAAUUUUUUGGAUCCUCCCUCUUCAUUCCCUCGGCUGUUGUACUAGCACUAUUCUUCGGAAUAGCCACAUUGCUGCGAUUGAUGAAACUCGUAGCAGGCAGAGCUAACUCCGACAGCACUACAGCCAAUAACCCUACAACAGAUGCCACCGAAACGCAAUUCUCCGCCACAAACGCCACCCUAGCACCACCACAGACCACUGGAGCCGCCAAUAGGACUGAGAAUUCUUCCGAGGUCAAGAAAUGUACAGAGUUAGUGGUUCUUAGUGAAAGCCAAGGAACAUCAAUUCCUAGUGGUGCCCCUUGCUCAAUAUGCCUCGAAGAAUACCGUGGUAAAGAUAGAGUUAGGUUCUUGGUUCAAUGCGGUCACUGUUUUCAUGCUGAAUGUAUCGAUCAGUGGCUACAGAAAAAUACUACUUGUCCAGUCUGUAGAAGUUCUCUUUCUAAACACUAG